GUUAUAGGGAGGUUUCAAGGCAGUCGGGUCACGACCCGUGACUCGUACCUGUUGCUACGCUACGCCAACUGGAGUACAAGCGAUGAACUGCAGGGUUUAGGAGCUGUUGCUGUGGACGGAGAGACGGGGACGUGGGCGACCCGUGAGGGCGUCCAGGUGAGCCCCCCCCCCCCUCCCUCCCCCAUCUGCUCAGUGUGUGGGCUGCGCUUCGAGCGGCUGAGCGUCGGUGGAGGACCAUAUGGCGGAGCACAACAAGCAGAAGCGUUAUGUGUGUGACGUGUGUGGCAAGGCCUGGCAGCUCCCUAGCCUGCUGGAGAUCCACCGGCAGGUGCACACGGGAGAACGCCCAUUCGACUGCUCGGAGUGUGGCAAGAACUUCACCCGCUACGACAGACUGCUGCGGCACAACCGCGUGCACUCCAGCGAGAGGCCCUUCACCUGCUCCGAUUGCGGCAAGAGCUUCAAGACGACGCAUGACCUGAAGUCCCACCAGCGAAUGCACACGGGCGAGAAGCCCUAUGGCUGCUCCACCUGCGGCGAGAGCUUUGCCUGGUUGUCAGGGCUACAUCGGCACCGGCGGGCUCACAGCAGUGAGCGGCCCUUCACCUGCACAGACUGCGGCAAAGGCUGCAAGUCAUCCACGGACCUGACGAUGCACAGGCGUCUGCACACCGUGGAGCGGCCCUACAGCUGCAGUGACUGCGGCAAAGGCUUCAGCUGCUCCAACGACUGGCUGGUGCACCAGCGCACCCACACCGGCCAGCGCCCCUUCACCUGCGCCGAGUGCGGCAAGGGCUUCAUAUGCUCCACCAGGCUGCUGUCCCACCAACAGGAGCACACCGGCGAGAAGCCCUUUGGCUGCUCCGACUGUGGCAAGGGUUUCAAGGGGACGAAAGAGCUGAAGAGCCACCGGUGGGUGCACAUGGGCGAGAAGCCCUAUGGCUGCUCCACCUGUGGCAAGAGCUUUGCCUGGGUGUCGGCACCACAACGGCACCGGCGGGUGCACAGCAGUGAGCUGUCCUUCACCUGUUCCGAUUGUGGCAAAGGCUUCAAGUCAUCUUAUCAACCUGAAGGGGCACAGGCGCCUGCACACCGGGGAGCGGCCCAACAUCUGCAGCGACUCCGACCCUAUACAUGCAGUGACUCCGGCGCCCGCUCCAGCAACCUGCUGUCGCAGCAGCGCACCCCACACUGGCGGGCUGUCAUGGGCCUUUUACAGAGGAAUGGCUUCCAACUUGCCACUCUAACAUAA